AUGAUACUUUCUGUUUUGUCGAGCCCUGCUUUGGUCUCUGGUUUGAUGGUUGCACGUGCUAAGAAUCCGGAGGACUAUAAUGAGGAGGACGACAGACCCACUCACGAUCUACUAAAAGGAGAGUCGCCCCGGUCUAAUGACAUCCAGAAGGUACGAAAGCACUUCUCUGAGAUUGAGACUGAUGAAGGCAAAGAAAAAGAAGAUAAAGACUUUUUAGGCCCGGCCCUAGAGCUAGAUCAUAGAGGGCAACGAGUGGAAGUUACUGCAUUCCUAAGGGUUUCAAUGAUUGGAGAAAAAGGUAAGACUCCCCAGGAGAAAUGGGAGUUUGCUGGGGUUUCACUUGCUGUCUGGGCCGGGUUUUCUUCUCUUCGUUUAUCCCACGCGGGAAAUAAGGUACCGUCCUCAUUUCCAGUAAAGGUGGGUCUUACCUUGAAAGAACUGAAUAUGGUCGACGCGGAUGAAGGCAUAUUACCGCAGGGGGAAAGUUCUCCUAAUCCCUCUAUCACCUGGAUCGUGUGUGAGAUGCAAGAGCUUACUUUGAUAAAAAGAGAAUCCCGCCGAAUGGCUUCAACUCGCCUAGGAUCCCGCCAUUCCUACCUAUCUAUCAUUACUCAUUCUUUUGAUAUCUCGGUUAAGCACACUAAGAACGUAGUAGUAACGACUCCGCGGGCGUCGAAAGAGCAGCUGCCCCCGCACAAUUAUUCAUCGGCCAGUGGAGCGAGAUGUCGUGAGAUCCUCUCCUUCCUUCGCUUUCUAGCAAAGCAGGGAGGCGGAGGGGCUGGUCUCAUUCCUCGCUAUUCGGGCGAGAACCCGAUUCCCCAUGGAGACUCGGGUUCUCCCGAGGUAAUCGCUCAUCGCUCGUAG